GAGACUCGGAGCCUCCUCGCCACGUGUCGAGAGUUCAAUGUCGCAGUGAAAUUCACUGACGAGGCGACUGUCUCUGGUCUUGGUGUGCUCCUUUGACUGUCGGUGUUUUGCCGUCUUGCCCAAGCUUGGAUAUGAUGUUGACAAAUCUACAGGAAGGUUCCGAGGAGGAGCGCCGCGUGGUGGUGUAAGCACUCAGCCUGCUGAAGCGCGGGAGUGCAGAGAGGCGAACCCACGAGGUGGAGACAGGAGGGCCAGGGUCCUCCUGGGGGAACAAAGCGAGCGGCGUCCUGGCGGGGUCGAGAGGGCAGGAGACGCAGCGGAUAUUGGCAGGGCUCUGGAUAGCGGCGCGUGCUGGUGUGCGAGCCCCCGAGCGCGUACCUGCACCUGGCCGUGGACCACUUCGCACUCGUGCUGGUGGCGUGUGCGCCGGUGCUCGACAUGGCGCCGAGAUUGCACGUGACCCGUGUGCGCUCCCCACGCUUGCACGUGAUGGAGGGGACCCACGUGGGUCGCGAUCUCUUCUCCGAGCUCUGCUUCACGAACCCCGUGGCACGUGCCCUGCACCGCGUGCGCGUCCGCGUGGAGGGAGCCGGCGUGCACACGCCGAGCAACAUACUCGUCGGCAACGUGGAGGGGCACGGCUGCACGCGCGUGCCCGUGGUUCCCAAGCGCCGCGGGGAGCUCACGCUGAUCGCGAGCCUCGACUGCACGGAGCUGCCGCAGGUGCACGGGGGAGCCACCUUCCAGUGCGAGCCCUGAGACUUCAGCAUCACCACCAUCAUCAACAUCAUGAGUCAACCACCAUCAUCAGCAUCGAGAGUGGUACCACCAUGAUCGUGAUCGAGUGAACUAUCAUGAACGUGUUUAUCAUCAUUAUCAUCAAGGUUGCACUCAUGACACACAAAGUGCUUGCCACAAAUAUAUCACAAAUUCCUUGCUGAUCUCGUCAAGGAGCGUAAACCAUCACGAGAACUCCGCUCAUCCUCGCAGUGGCUUUUGGAUAGCCAUCAAACAAAGACGGUCACUGC